AGCAGUGAAAGUAUCUGCGAGUGCAGCUACGAUCUGCUGCCUGUCAAUGCCCUCUCUUGCAUAGUCAGUCUUAUUCUAACGGCGCCGUUUAUCGCGCGAUUCGAGUCCACAGUCGAAUUCGUAGCCAGUGAUUUUUGAUUGCAAUAAGAUCUUAGUGUCUAACAUCAACAAAAGAUUGAAGCCGCAACGGUGAAUAUAAAUAAGUCCCAAUAAUCGAAACUUUCGUGAAACUUUCGUCUUCGUUGUUACGACUGCCUUAAAAAAUUAUGAACAAGAGGCUGUGGGCCAUCCUUCUCGUCGUCGGCUGUACGACAACUCUCUCCUCCGAUACAAGCCCCGAAUAUGUGAAACAAUGUUCCAAAAGCGAUCCAAAGCUGACAAAUUGUCUGAUCGACGCUCUACAUCAUCUGCGAUCUUAUUUGAAAGUCGGAAUCUCCGAAAUUGAGUUACCCUCGGUAGAACCGUUCCGUAUGGACGAACUGACUCUCUCCCUGACAGGUGGUACGAACGGUUAUAAGAUUCAGCUACGAGACCUUUUUAUAAGGGGAGCGAGUAACUACACUGUGGAAGAUAUCAAGCUGGGUUCACCUUUCCAAGCCAUUGUUCGAAUGCCGGCCCUUAUAUUAGAUGCGCAUUAUUCCAGUUCUGGUGUAUUAAUAAUUUUGCCUGCAAGUGGAAACGGUACAUUCCACGCGCGUUUCGGAGAUGCUAAAAUACUAGUCAGAGGAACAAUCUCUACAAAGUCGCGAGAAAACAAGACAUAUUUAAAUGUCGAUAAUCUCGACGUUGUGCUCGUAGUGAAAAAUUUGCAAAUGCGAGUCAGCAAGAUUUUCAACAACAAUCGAAUACUUACCGAGGCAAUCAAUCUCUUCCUUCGAGAAAAUGGACAAGAAGUGUUGAAAUUAAUGGAACCGCAACUAAAAAAGAAGUUAUCGGCACUCUUUGCUGGCAUUGUUAACCAGCUGUUGCGACAUGUACCAGUGGAAUCGUUCCUUAUACCUUAGGACACUAUUAACAUUAUAUUAGUUACUAUUACUUCUUGUUAUUGAAAAAUCAAUGAUAUAUUUUAAAUAUGCACGAAUACUAAAUAAUGCAUUAUAGCAUAAAAAAGACAUCUUAUCAAGUAUUUUUUUUUAAUUAAAAAGAGGAAAACAAUAUGUAGACGCGCAUUUAAGUUGCUUCGUUCGUUUACUUGUGAAAACAAAACAUUAUUUGUGUGAUCCUUUAAUCAGAGAUUGAACAAAUAGUUUAAAGAAAACAUACAAUUGCAUUCAAAGAUAAAUAGAUAUUUUUCGUUGAUAUUGAUCUAGAAAAAAAAUAUAUGUUGAUAAUAAACGUGAUUGUUGCUUAUAGUAAA